AUGGCAGACACUCCUUGUCUUUGUCUGUUCUGCCUGCUUUUGCCGCUCGUGGCCAGAAAACCCCCAUUCGUCUUCCUCUCAGAGGCACAUCGGGGACAUGACCAUCCUGCAUGCUGGCCCUCCUUGUAUUCAUACUUGUAUCUUGUAUUUUUAGAUAUCUGCGGUCACGGCCAUUGCCUUUUCACGCUUGAAUGGAUUCUCCUCUUCUCAACGCCCACUUUUUCAUCACUGGACGUGCUUGACAUCGGGCAGAGAGUUAAACGCCUGCGGAGAAAGUGGUGA